CCGUUCUUUCUCCUUCCCUCCCGUCCCGUCCCGUCCCUCGCAUUUCCCGGAGCCGCCGCGAUGACCCAGGCGGAGCUGCGGCUCUGCUCCCUCCUGCUGCGGGAGAAUUUUGGAGAAAUCGUGGAAAAAGUUGGGAAUUCUCUGCUCCGGACGGGGCCGCGGCCGCUGCGGCUGCUGGUGGGGGACACGGGGCUGCUCCCGGAUCAGGUGAAGAAGGCGCUGUGCGUGCUCCUGCAGCACGGCCUGGCGCGCUACGAGCCGCAGCCGCGGGGCGCGGUGGAGUACGAGGCGCGGGGCGAGCGCGUCCUGCGCAUCCUGCGCUACCCGCGCUACAUCUACACGGCCAAGACGCUCUACGGCGACCCCGGCGAGCUGCUGGUGGAGGAGCUGCUGCUCCACGGGCACCUGCCCAUGAGCUCUGCCGUGGCCAGGGUGGCCGAUCGCCUCACCGAGACCAUGGAAGACGGCAAAUCCAUGGAUUUCAGCGAGGUCUCGGCCACCUUCGUGCGCCUGGCCGACACCCACUUCAUCCAGAGGUGCGCGGCGCCCCCCGCGGCGCCCCCCGAGGCCCGGGCGGCGCCUGGCCCCGCCGCGGGCGCCCAUGCCAAGGACAGGUUCGUGGUGCCGCGCCUCGGCCUCGUCGGCAAAGGGAAGAGGAGACACUCGUGUGACGAGGAAGAGGAGGGAGAGCACAAAGCCAAGAGGCAGAAGCAGGAGGGAGGAAGCUCCGAGCCUCCCCCGGACGAUGGCAUUUACUGGCAGGUGAACCUGGAGCGCUUCCACCAGCACUUCCGAGACCAGGCCCUGGUGAGCGCCGUGGCCAGCAGGAUGGACCAGACCAGCAGUGAGGUCGUGCGGACGAUGCUGCGCAUGAGCGAGGUGACGACGGCCUCGGGUGCGUCCCACACUCAGCCCCUCUCCUCCAACGAGAUUUUCAGGUCCCUCCCAGCCGGGUACAACAUCAGCAGGGCGGUGCUGGAUCAGUACCUGGCGCUGCUGGCCGACGACCCGCUGGAGUUCGUGGGGAAGUCGGGGGACAGCGGAGGGGGCACCUACACUGUCAACCUGCACAAGGCCCUGGUGUCGCUGGCCACGGCCACGCUGGAGUCCAUCGUGGAGGAGAGGUUUGGCUCCCGCUGCGCCAGGAUUUUCCGGCUGCUGCUGCGCAAGAAGCACCUGGAGCAGAAGCAGGUGGAGGACUUUGCCAUGAUCCCGGCCAAGGAGGCCAAGGACAUGCUCUACAGGAUGCUCUCCGAGAACCUGGUGGCCCUGCAGGAGAUCCCCAAGACUCCAGACCACGCUCCCUCCCGCACCUUUUACCUGUACACGGUGAACGUGAUGGCCGCUGCUCGGAUGCUGCUCCACAGGUGCUACAAGAGCGUGGCCAACCUGAUGGAGCGAAGGCACCACGAGAUGCGGGAGAACAAGAGGCUCCUGGAGAAGUCCCAGCGCGUGGAAGCCAUCCUGGCCUCCAUGCAGGCCACGGGGGCCGAGGCGGCGCAGCUGCACGAGGUGGAGGAGAUGAUCACGGGUCCCGAGAGGCAACAGCUGGAGAACCUCAAACGCAACGUCAACAAGAUGGACGCCAGUGAGAACCAGGUGGAUGAGACCAUCUUCGUGCUGGAGGCGUUCAUCGAGAGCACCAUGAAGAGGCCGUGAGGGAGCAGGACAGGGACAGGGACAGGGACAGGGACAGGGACAGGGACAAUGGUGGGGACAAUGGUGGGGACAGGGAGCAGCCGCCUCUGCCCACGGUGCUUGUGCUGCUGAGGAGAAUAAAGGAACGGUUGGUGAAGCACCUGCGUGUCAGCUGGGCAUGGGGACA